UUGUUUGUUUCUGCUUCUUUUUUUCUUAAAUUGUAACAAACUAUCAACUGGUAUUCUUCAACUAUCAAAUCAACACGAAAUUCGUUUUAAGAUGUCUAUCUAAUCAAGAUACAAAAGCAUUGUUUACAAGCCUCACAGUACUUUCUUUUGGUUUGAUAACUGACACUAAAGAAAAUAAUUGUCCCAUCUGUAUAUGUUUUUUCUUAACUACGUGUUUUUAAUCAAUUUUUUUAAAUAAACGUUUUCUUAAAGUUUGAACAGCUCUACUAUUAGAUUUUUUUGUUUAUAUAUUUAAGAUGGAGAAAAACAACUUUAUGAAAUCAAUGAAGGAAGAAAAUAUUAAAGGCAACUUGGAUAGGCUUCCCACUGUUCUUGUAACAGGAUUUGGGCCAUUUAGAAAUCAUUCUGAGAAUUCCAGCUGGCUCACUGUUAAAGAACUUCUUAAUCUUAAUAUAACUGAUUUUAAUAUCAUUGCCAAAGAGUUGCCUGUAGAGUAUGAGUUUGUAUCCAAAGCUGUACCUGAAUUAUGGGAGAAACACAAGCCAAAGCUUGUUGUUCACUGUGGUAUGUCUGAGCAAGCCAAAUGUAUCACUCUUGAAAAAGUAGCUUACAAUGCUGAUUACCAUGGCUGUGAUAUUAAAGGGCAAGUGCCUCAACUCAAUAUUUGUUGUGAAAAUGGCCCGGAAAAACUCAGCACUGCUAUAGACAUUGAUUCAGUUUUAGAAGAUGUUGCUUCAUCAAAUGUUUGUGUAAAAGCUGUAUCAUCAGAAAAUGCUGGAAGGUAUCUCUGUGAAUUCACGUUUUAUACAUCAUUGAAAGUAAAUAGAAAUGCUGCCUUUGUGCAUGUUCCACCCAUAAAUCAGCCAUACAGUGCCAGAGCAAUGGCUCAAGCUCUAGCCCUUAUUAUAUCUGCAAUGUUGAAACAAAUUAAAAAUACAUAAUACUCUGUUUAAAAAUAUUACUCAUUUUUACUAAAAAGUGUUUGAUUUUCAGGCUGAUUGGAAUGGGAUAAUUUUUUAAACUUUAAAUAAAACUUUUGUUUUUAAGUAGAUCUAAAGUAAUAAAAUUUUGUGCCUAGGGUAUUCUAAAAUAAGAUUCAAUUUUUCCAAUGAAAAUAACCAAGAUAUAUUUGUUAAGCUUUUAUUUUUAACCUGUUUUGUAUUUGUAUGUUUAUUGUUUCAGUGCUGAAGAUUGAUAUGAUCAUGCAGCUCCAUUUUUUUAAAAAUGAAAUCUCAUAAAAAAUAAUAGACAUCUGUGUUUGUGUAUGGCAGGGAAUUUAACUGUAAAGAUAAUUUUUUCCUUAAUUAAAUUCUUUUUUAUUAUUUUUAAAAAUGACCUUUGAAAAGUUGUUAUAGAUUUUGCAAAUCUAUUCUUUACUUCAAGCUUAUUAUACUUUUACCCUCCUGUAUGAUUCCUAUCUUAAUUUUUUUAUCUUAAUUUGUUGAAUUAUAAUGUUAAGAUAUCAUCACUCAAAAUAAAAUUGAUCAUGUAUUAGGUAUGACCUUUUUUUGUUUUCACAUUUGGUAAUCUUUGUGUAUGUAUAUAAAGAUUCUUUUAUAACUCCUGUUUGAUAAUAAUUAUAAUAUUACUGAUGUAUAGUCAGAGAAAAAAAAAAGUCAUGUUGUUUUAUUCUGGCAUCAUUCAUCAUACAAUCAUUACAAAAAAGCGUCAUUUGAAAUCAAAAAGUGUCAUAUUCUUAUAUUGAAAUUAGAAUAAAUUUCCAAAGGUAACACCCAUUUUUCUCAUUAAAUUUUAAAACUAUAUUAAAUGUUAUUCGUGAAAACCAUGUUUCAGUAGUUAAGGUCUUUUCAUUUCGAAAUUAUGAAUUAACAAAAUUUAGAUUAUGUUAAAAUUAAUUUGGAACUUUUAUUCAUAUCUUAAAAACUUAUUGGCCUAAACUCUUUUUAUUGCAAAAACAUUAAGAUAUUCUUCAUAUUUUUGCAUACAUAUUUAAUAUGAGAAAAAUCGCAGAAUUUGAGUUUUAAAACUUUUAAAUUGAAAUUUAUGUAGAUUUUAACAUAAAUGAAGGACAAGACUAUUUCAUGAGGAUAUACAAAAUGUUAGCUCAUUCCUAUAAGUUGUUUGCCCAUUAUAUUUCUUCUGCAUUUGCUCCUGAUACGUGCAUUUAAGAGCACAUUCACAAAUAUCAAAAGUUUUUUAUUUGGUACUGAAAUACUGCUGAUCAAAUAUCAUUUUCUGCAUUGUUGUAAUAUGAAAAUGUAUUUUAAAAAUUCGUCAGUGGCUAAAAAUAUGGAUUUUUUUAAAAAAAAAUUUGAUUUAAUUGUCACAGUAUUUUAUUAAUAGUCGCAACUUUUAAAUGUGGAGGAUAGUCUCUGUCCUUGUAAUAUUCUAGAAUUUGUAUUUGUCAGCUCAUAUAAUGUCACUUACAGAAUACAACAAAUUCUUGAAAAAUGGACUUUUAUUUCAUAAUAAAUACUUUGUAGGAUUUAACUAUUUAGUUUUAUAAACAUUCUGACAAAUUAUUUCUCUUAAUUAUUUAAAAAAUAAUGAACUCAUGGUAUAUCAAUCUGAAUUUGUUCUCCGGUUAUUUUUUUCAUGAAAAAUCUAUUCACGACAUUUAAAAAACAAAAUGUUGUCAUAUUGAAUUUUAAAAUUUGUUCAAUUUUAAUUAUCUAGAAAAACCCGUAUGAAAAGUUUUUACACUGCAUCUUUUAGUAUUCAUUAUUAUCUUUACAAUAGUAUUUCAAAUUUUCACAUACGAUGAUCGAUUGCAAAAUAAAUCUGGGUGACUUCUUUUUCCCUCUCUCUCGACUGUACUACUUGGAUAUUUUUACUCAAUUCAAAUUCCCUAUCCCCAAUUUAUUUUUAUAUAGGGUUUCUAACAUAAUAAUUUUUUUUUUAAUUUAAUUAAUAAAUCUCUAUUAUUUUAUAAUUUUUUUUUAAAUCUUACAUAAGUCCUAAUAAGAAACUUUCUCUUUCAUGUAUUAAAUGCAUCAUUAACAUUAUCUGUUCUUUUAAUUUAAUUUUUAUAGCUUUCUUUUAUAUCCUUUCCUUAUUUUUUUAUUAUUUUUCCAAAAUUCAAGACUGCUGAGAGAUUUUUUCCUAUCCAGAUAUAUUUUCCUUUUCUCUCACUCAAAAAUUACACAUGUGAAUUCCUUAAAAUAAAAGUAAUAAAUCAGUUUUUAAAAACACACUUUUAUUAGUACAAUAAAAAAAAAUUUUUUUUUUUAGUCUUAAUUUAUAUCAUAAAUAUUAUGGAAUUUCUAGAUUAAUCAAAUUUUGAAAAGAUUAAAGUAAUAUAUUGUCAUUGAGAAAAUGCAAAUGUGUUUUGAAAUUUUAGACUCAGGCAGCAAAUCUAUUACAAAAUUCCAUCUGUACGAACAUGAAAAGUGUAGUUAAAUAAAAGUGUGUUAUUAAGAUAACUACUGCAUUAUAUAUAUAUAUAUAUAUAUAUAUAUAUAUAUAUAAUAUCAGUUGCAGAUUGUCAGGUCAUUUUGAGUCAUUCCAUUUAAUGAACAAAUUAAAACUAGUUAUUUUGCAGAUUUGACAAUGAAUUUGUAUUUAUAAUACAUUUUGAAUAAAAUAUUAUGUAAUGAAUUCAUUAUUAAAUUAUCAUUAAUUUUAAUGGAUUAUUAUUAUUUCUUAUAAAAUAAAAAUUGUGAAAUUUAUUAUUGAUUGACAUGAUUUUUUGGGUGAAGUGAAGAAUAGUGUGCCCCGAGUUUGUCGCCAAUAUGGCAAAGCAGCGGAAUACUCUUCUAGCAACCCUAAUGUUGUUUUGUUUACUACUUUUUGCAAUGGUUGAGUUGUGCAUAAACUACAACUAUGUUAUAAAAAAUGUUAAAUUAAAAAUAUUAAAAAAUUAUCGAUUAAAGAUUUUAAUUUUGUUCUUUAUUAUAAUUAAAAGUUUAUUAAAUAAAGAAAGUUAAGCUUAUAAUUAAAGGUUAUUUUAUUCUUUCUUUCUUUUUUUAAAUGUGAAUACGAGCAGAAUAUAUUUAUUCUUUUGAAAUUUUUAAUUGUUAGUAUGCGCUUUAAAAAAUCGUCUAAAUUCUUACUUUACGAAAUCGUCUGCAUUCUCAGUUUAAAAGGCAGCUGCAAUGGAAUUCUUCGCAGUUCUCGUAAUUCUUUUGGUGCUCUAACGGUUGUUCCCUUGAUAAUUUGUUACGUCGGCAAUUAUACAAGAAUGGAUGUCGGGUAAAUGGGAUGGAAGACAGUAUUUCUUACCUGCAGAAGGGAGAGUGGAAUAUAUAUAUAUAUAUAUAUAUAUUACGAGUUGAUGAAGUUAGGAAAGGAUGCUUGUUUGGAAUUUUGUAUGGGGAAUGGUCUGAUUGCUUCUAAAUGUGUAUAUCCGGUGUGUGGUGAGAAUAUGAAAUUGGUUGAUUUGGAUGACAAAAUCGAUUGAAAGAUCUGGUGUUGCAGAAAGAAAGGAUUGAAUCCGCACCAUAUCCCUUCAUUCUUUCUUUUCUAUUGAUUAUGUACUGUUUCUGUUAUCCACACAGUCCUUAUAUGGAAUGUGCUAGCGAAGCUACAAGGUUCCUGCUCCCGCUGCUAGCAAAGCCAUAGGAUGUUUUUUUUAAGUUAAAAAAUUCUGCCCGGUGCCUUCUACAGAUGCCGAAGGCACCGGGCAGUCUAAAAAAAAAUACAAUACUUAUCAGUAAAAAAUCAUAAUUACUUAGCGGAAAGUGGUGACCGUAACUAUUCCGCAGCAGUGUUUAUUUGCUUUGAUCGCCAUCUAUUGGCGUCUUGGCAUCCUUGGCGCAGCAAUAGGCAUACUAAAAUUCACUUUUACCGAUUUUUUUAUAUGAAUAACUGCAAUUAUUUGUAUUUAUUAAAGUUUGUUUCUAGAAUAUAAUUUCUUUUUUUUUAAAGUUCUUGAUAAUGAAAACUAUUUUGCAUUUUUAAAAACAGUGUUUGCAAAGUAACAUUAAUGAAGUUCCUAUUUUUAUGAAAUGCAUCAUUCAUUGGAAAGAUGUAUAAAAGCUAGUUUCAAUUGUAUAAGCUUUCAGUUGUUUAUUUAUGCUGGCAUUUUAAUGUUAUACAAUAAAACUGUCCACUUAUAGAGCUUCAUUUUAGCUCAAUUGUAUUUUAAUAAUUCAAAAUAAAAUUCUUUUUACAUUAUUUA